AUGGUGUAUAUUCGCUUUCGCGGAGUUCGCAUACUCGCAUUCGCAGUUCAUAAUUCGCCUAUUCUCCUAUCGUUGCGCUUACUUUAUGUCCUUCCUUUCCAUACCCCAGCGCGCGGCCGCACCCGUGUUGUAGGUCGCCCGCUGCGCGUCGGGUGUAGCUCGAGGCGCGUUGUAGCUUGCCUGGCGUCGCUGUCGCAUCGCAGCCUGCUGUUGUAUGUUUAUGACGGACUCGGAUGCGCAAUGGCCGCCUCGUUAUCGCGUUCAGCUGUGUGUUCGACGCCUGGCCGUGUACGUAGCUAG